ACACUGACACACACUAAGCUACUGUUUGUCGCUCUGUAUAUGAGAGUGUGUGUGUAUGUGUGUGUGUGAGGAUGCACUCUGGUCGGUGAGCACAGUCUCUUACACGCACACACACAAAAUGCCCUGCAGCGUUUUGACGUCAGCUGUUUGAAGAGGAGCAUCUUCUACAGCCAUUAGUGCAACAGAAGAAGAAGAAGAAGAGAGGUUUCUGGGAGAGAACAGAGGCAAAGGGGAGCGUGAAAGGCCAGAGUGCACCACUGCAGGUCCAUUCAGGGCGUGAAGAGGAGAACGAUCUAAAUGACUGAGUAAUAACACACGAGUCUUCAGACAAGCUAGAAAAAGGGAAGACAGAGAAGUUUGUGGAUGUUUGAAUGUUGUAGAAUAAAUUGAAUGAAGUUUGAAUUUAUUACCAAUAAAGAUUAAAAACUAUUGAGUGUUUUUACAGUAAAUGAAUGAUUUCAGACCUGCAGUCCAGAAGUUAGUUUGUCAGUAAUGCAGAAGUUACUACUGUUGUGAUGUUGAGUCGUUUAAAAUCAACAUUUAAUGAACUUUAUUGUUUGUGAUAGUUUUCUUUUUGUGGUGUGUGUGAGAGUGUGUGUGUGUUUAUGCACACAGAUGUUCUACAGAUGUGUCCUGAUGACCAGACGACGCUCAGUGGAUGAUGCUAAGAGCUGGCCAAGGUGGAGAAUGAGGAGGCCUCAGCUGCUCCACUGUUGGUUGAAGAGACAGGAAAGGUGGUGACAGUGGAGAAAAAGGAAGAGGAGUCCACGGUAACAUCAGCGACCACUGUGGGCACGGUUGUUUAUACAACUACUGAAGGGCUGCAUGAAGAGGCUGAAAGUCACAAUACAGCAGAGGAAGUGGAGGAGGAAAAGAUGGAGAAGGAAGAUGAUGACGCAAAGGUGGAGGCAGGUGGAAAGGAAAAGGAUGAAGAUGAGGAUACAAAGGCAAAGAAGUUGCUGGGAUCGUGGGAGUCAGAGGCCUCCUCUGACGUGAAGCCUCCGCUGCCAGACCCGGCGUUUAACAGGAGGUGCAGCCUGCUCGCCAGUGACGUCAGAUAUAAAGACGACUUCGAGAAGAUGAAGGGACAGAGUCUGUUUGUUCCCGGAGCCGAACUCAUCCACGCCAAGAACAUCAGCGCUGUGAUCUCUGAGUCUAAGUAUAAGGAGGAGGGGAAGAAGGAGGCGGCUGUUUCUCUGUACUCCAUCCUGCCGGAGACUCCAGAGACGCAACAUGCCAGAGAGGCUUCAGAGCUGCAGAGCGAGAUUAAAUACAAAGGAAACGUGAAGACAGAGAUUUCCUCGUCCCUUUAUUCUCUGCUGCCAGAAACCACAGAGACCCAGUUUGUCAAAGAGCUGUCUGAGAUACUGAGCGAGAACAAGUACAAGGAGGAAGGAAAGAAGGAGAUGAGCAGCAGUUUGUACUCUCAGCUUCCUGAAACCACCGAGAUGCAGCUCGCCAAGACUGUCCACGAGUUCCAGAGCGAGAAAAAGUACAAAGAAGACGGGAAGAGGAAGGCCUCCAUCUCCAUCUACUCCCAGCUCGCUGAUACUCCAGAAAUACAGCACGCUCUGGAGGUGUCCCAGCUGCAGAGUGAGGUGAAUUAUCGCCCUAAGACGAUGGUUAGAGGAGCUCCCGCCUCUCUCUACUCUCAGCUGCCCGACACCACAGAGAUCCAGUUUGCCAGAGAGAUGACUGAGAUGCACAGCGAGAGUAAGUACAAGGAGGGCGGCAGGAGGAGCCUCUCCCAGAGUUUCUACUCUCAGCUGCCAGAAACCGCCCAGACUCAGUUUGCUAAAACAGUUGCUGAGCUGCAGAGCGAGAGGCGCUACAAGGAGUCGGGGAAGAAGGGCGUGAACUCGUCUCUGUACUCUCUGCUCCCGGAAACGCUGGAGACGGCUCGCGCCAGGGAGGUGUCAGAGCUGUCCAGUGAGGUGAAAUAUAAAGAAGACGGUAAGAAGGAGAUGAACAUCAGCCUGUACUCUCUGCUGCCCGAGACCAUCGACACCCAGCACGCCAAGCAGGUGUCACACCUGCAGAGCGAGGUGAAAUAUAAAGAAGGUCUGAAGCAGAAGAUUCAGAGCAGUUUGUACCAUCGACUCCCAGAGACCACAGAGACACAGCUGGCCAAACAGCUGUCUGAGCUGCAGAGUGACGUGAAAUAUAAAGAAGAAGGAAAGCAGAAGGCGAGCGCCUGCCUGUAUUCUCUGCUGCCUGAAACUCUGCAGACACGACACGCUAAAGAGGCCGCAGAGCUGCUCAGUGAGAUUAAAUAUAAGGAGGGUGGGAAGAAGGAGCUGUCCAGCUCGCUGUACUCCACUCUGCCCCACACUUCAGAAACCAGCUUCGCCAGAGAGAUGAGCGACAUGCUGAGCGAGAUUAAAUACAAAGAGAGCGGGAUGAAGAGCCUGUCUAAGAGUGCCUACAGUCAGCUACCAGAGACCGCCGAGAUGCAGUUCGCCAAAAAUGUUGCUGCGCUGCAGAGCGAGAUGAAUUACAAAAAGGGAAAGAAAGACGUGUCGAGCUCUCUGUACUCCACCCUGCCGGAGACUCUGGAGACGCUGCACGCCAAAGAAGCCUCUGAAGUGCAGAGCGAGCUGAAGUACAAGGCCGACCAGAAGAAAAAUCUUUCCUGCAGCCUCUUCCACCUCCUGCCAGAGACGUUAGAGACGGCUCACGCUAAAGAAGUCUCCGAGCUGCUCAGUGAGGUGAAAUAUAAAGAAGACGGUAAGAAGGAGAUGAACAUCAGCCUGUACUCUCUGCUGCCCGAGACCAUCGACACACAGCACGCGAAAGAGGUGUCGAGCCUGCAGAGUGAGGUGAAAUAUAAAGAAGGUCUGAAGCAGAAGAUUCAGAGCAGUUUGUACCAUCGACUCCCAGAGACCACAGAGACACAGCUGGCCAAACAGCUGUCUGAGCUGCAGAGUGAGACCAAGUACAAGGAGGCUGGUAAAAAAGAGGCAAACGCCUGCCUGUACUCCCUCCUGCCUCACACCAUGGAGACGCAGCAUGCGAAAGAAGCUGCAGAGCUGCUGAGUGAGGUAAAAUACAAAGAGAGCGGGAAGAAGGAGAUGUCCAGCUCGCUGUACGCCACUCUGCCCGACACUUCAGAAACCAGCUUUGCCAGAGAGAUGAGCGACGUGCUGAGCGAGAACAAGUACAAGGAGGCUAUGAAGAGGAACCUCUCUCAAAGUUUUUACUCGCAGCUCCCAGAAACUCUUGAGACUCAGUUCGCAAAAACAGUUUCUGGGCUGCAGAGCGAGAUGAAGUACAAAGAAGCAGGAAACAAGGGCGUGUCAAGCGCACUCUAUUCAACUCUACCUGAGACUCUGGAGACGCAGCACGCCAAAGAGGCCUCUGAGCUGCAGAGUCAGCUGAAGUACAGGCAGACUUUAAAGAAAGAUGGGCCCAGCCUUUACCACCUGAUGCCAGAAACCAACGAUACACAGUUUGUUCGUCAGCAGACAGAGAUGCUGAGUGAGGUCAAGUACAAAGAAGAUAUGAAAGAGAUGAGUUUCAACUUGUACUCUCUGCUCCCCGACACCCUCGACACCCAGCAUGCUAAAGAGCUGACGGAGAUGCAGAGCGAGGCAAAAUACAAAAAGGCCAGUAAGAAGGAGACAUCAGCAUCUCUGUACCACCGACUACCUGAAACUCUGGAGACACAGCACGCUAAAGAGGCUUCACAGCUACAGAGUCAAGUCUCAUACAAAGAGGCUGUUAAGAAGUACUUGUCAUGUCCAGUUUACCACCUGCUCCCUGAUACUCUGGAGACCCAGUUUGCCCGAGAGGUCAACGACCUGCAAAGCCAAAACAAGUACAAGGAGGGGAUGAAGAGCAUAUCUCAGAGCAUCUACUCUCAGCUGCCUGAAACCGCUGAGACAAAGUUUGCUAAAACGGUGUCAGAGCUGCAGAGCGAGACAAAGUAUAAGAAGUCGGGAAAGCAGGAGACCGGCAGCAGUUUGUACUCUGUGAUGCCCGAAACUCUGCAAACUCAACAUGCCAAGCAGGCCUCACAGAUGCAGAGCCAGGUGAAGUACAAAGAGGACGGGCAGAAAGAGCUGUCGUCCACUUUGUUCUCCAGCCUUCCUCAGACCCUGCAGACUGAGCUGGCCAAAGAAGUGACGGAGCUGCAGAGUCAGGUGAAAUACAAGGAGGGCUGUAAGAAGGAAACGUCCUCCUCACUCUUCCACCUCAUGCCUGAAACACCAGAGAUGCAGUUUGCCAAGCAGAUGUCGGAGAUCCAGAGCGUGGCAAAGUACAAACAGGACAAAGAGGAUCUGCCCAACACUUUGUACUCACUGCUGCCCGAAACACUGGAGACUCAGUUUGUUAAAGAGAUGGCUGAGACACACAGCGAGGUGAAGUACAAGCAGGCGGGUAAGCAGCACACGGCGUCGUCUCUUUACUCCAAACUGCCCGAAACUCUGGAGACCAAACACGCCAAAGAAGUGACUGAACUGCAGAGUGAAAAAAAGUACAAAGAUGAGGGGAGGAAGGAGAUGAUGUCGCCUCUGUACGCUCAGCUCCCUGAAACCACAGAGACCCACUUUGCCCGCGAGAUGACUGAAGUACUGAGCGAGAACAAAUAUAAGGAAAGUGGGAAGAAGAGCCAGACUGUCAGUGUGUAUUCCCAGCUGCCACAGACCAACGAAAUCCAGUUUGCCAAAGCUGUAUCUGAAAUACAGAGUGAGCGCAAAUAUAAAGAAGCGGGGAAGAAGGAAGCGUCCAGCUCUCUGUACUCGAAGCUGCCCGAGACUCUGGAAACUCAGCACGCCAAAGAGGCGGCACAGCUGCAGAGUCAGGUGAAGUAUAAACAGGACGGUAAGAAGGAGGUGAGCAGCUCUCUGUAUCAUCAGCUACCUGCAACCACAGAGACACAGCUGGCCAAAGAGCUGAGAGAUCUCUGCAGUGAGGUGAAGUACAAAGAGGAGGGUAAGAAGGAGAUCAGUAAGAACUUGUACUCGCUGCUCCCAGAGACGGCAGAGACACAGUUCGCCAAGCAGAUGUCAGAAAUACAGAGUGAGGCAAACUACAAGAAGGACAAAGAGGAUCUGCCCAACACUUUGUACUCACUGCUGCCUGAAACUCUGGAGACUCAGUUUGUUAAAGAGAUGGCUGAGACACACAGCCAGGUGAAGUACAAGCAGGCGGGUAAGCAGCACACGGCGUCGUCUCUUUACUCCAAACUGCCCGAAACUCUGGAGACCAAACACGCCAAAGAAGUGACUGAACUGCAGAGUGAAAAAAAGUACAAAGAUGAGGGGAAGAAGGAGAUGAUGUCGCCUCUGUACGCUCAGCUCCCUGAAACCACAGAGACCCACUUUGCCCGCGAGAUGACUGAAAUACUGAGCGAGAACAAAUAUAAGGAAAGUGGGAAGAAGAGCCAGACUGUCAGUGUGUAUUCCCAGCUGCCACAGACCAACGAAAUCCAGUUUGCCAAAGCUGUAUCUGAAAUACAGAGUGAGAGCAAAUAUAAAGAAGCGGGAAAGAAGGAAGCGUCCAGCUCUCUGUACUCGAAGCUGCCCGAGACUCUGGAAACUCAGCACGCCAAAGAGGCGGCACAGCUGCAGAGUCAGGUGAAGUAUAAACAGGACGGUAAGAAGGAGGUGAGCAGCUCUCUGUAUCAUCAGCUACCUGCAACCACAGAGACACAGCUGGCCAAAGAGCUGAGAGAUCUCUGCAGUGAGGUGAAGUACAAAGAGGAGGGUAAGAAGGAGAUCAGUAAGAACUUGUACUCGCUGCUCCCAGAGACGGCAGAGACACAGUUCGCCAAGCAGAUGUCAGAAAUACAGAGUGAGGCAAACUACAAGAAGGACAAAGAGGAUCUGCCCAACACUUUGUACUCACUGCUGCCUGAAACUCUGGAGACUCAGUUUGUUAAAGAGAUGGCUGAGACACACAGCGAGGUUAAAUACAAAGAAGCAGGGAAGAAAGAGGCCAGCAGCUCUCUGUACCACCAGCUCCCUGAGACUCUGGAGACGCAGCACGUUAAAGAGGUUACUGAGCUGCAGAGCGAGAACAAGUACAAGCAGAGCGGGAAGAAGGCGAUGUCGUCCAGUUUGUACUCUCAGCUGCCGCAGACGGCCGAAACGCAGCUCGCCGCCAAGGUGUCCGACAUGCAGAGUGAAUGUAAAUACAAGGAGAACGGCAUCAAGAGCCUCUCUCAGAGUCUCUACUCACAGCUCCCAGAAACAGCCGAGACUCAGUUAGCCAGAACUGUGUCUGAGCUGCAGAGUGAGGCCAAGUACAAGGAGGCGAGCAAAAAGGAGGCGAGCAGCUGUCUGUACCAUCAGCUGCCCGAAACACUGGAGACUCAGCAUGCUAAAGAGGCUACUGAGCUACAAAGUCAGGUGAAAUACAAGGAAGGUAAGAAGGAGCUGAGCACCAACCUGUACUCACUGCUGCCUGAGACAGAGGAGAUCAAGUUUGCUAAAGCAGUGACGGAGCUUCAGAGUGAGAAUAAAUACAAGCAGAAAGGCAGACAGGAGAUCAGCAGCAGUGUUUUCCACCAGAUGCCGGAGACCAAAGAGAUGGAGUUUGUUAAGCACAUCUCAGAACUUCAGAGCGAGUCAAAAUACAAGAAGGACAAAGAGGAUCUGCCCAACACUUUGUACUCACUGCUGCCCGAAACUCUGGAGACUCAGUUUGUUAAAGAGAUGGCUGAGACACACAGUAAGAAUAAAUACAAAGAGGCGGGUAAGAAGGAGAUGGUGAAGUGUCUGUACUCUCUGCUGCCCGAGACCAAAGAAACUCAGCAUGCCAAGGAGCAGAGCCAGCUGCACAGUGAGAAAGCUUACAGGGAGGAGAGCAAGAAAGAAGCUGGCUGUAGUCUCUAUUCCCAGAUGCCCCAAACCAUCGAGACCGUGUUUGCCAAAGAGCUGAGCAAGACACAGAGCGAUAAGUUCUAUAAGGAGAAAUAUAAUCGGGAGAAGGGGAAGUCCAGCUACACCAACAUGAAGACGCUUCCUGAGGUGGAGCACGCCAUGGAGGUCAACAAGAAGCAGAGUGAAGUCAGCUACAGGAAAGGUAAAGAGGAGCUUCAUCACUACAACGCGGUCCCAGACAGACCUGACAUCGUGAACGCCACCAACGCAGCUAAACUGGCCAGCGAUGUGACCUAUAAGAGUUAUACUAAGCAGCCUGUCUACAGUGACGAGUCUCUUCUGGCCAGAACCGACAUCCAGCACGCCAAAGAGGUCUCAAAACUGGCCAGCCAGGUGAAGUAUAAGGAGAGCUUUGACAGACAGUUAAAGGGGCAGAAACCUCAAUACAACCCGCUGGAGUGUGUUUCCUUCAAACAAACGCAGGCUGCUUCUGCUCUGGCCAGUCAGGUGAAGUACAAAACCAACCAGAACCAGAAACCAGAAGGUUCCUCAGACCUCCCGAACCUCCUGCAGCUGGAGCACGCCCUGCACGCCAGCAAGCUUCAGAGCAAUGUAGAGUAUAAGAAGAAGUACGAGCAGACGAAGGCUCAUUACCACAUAGCUCUGGACACGGCUGAACAGCUCCACCACAAGGAGAACGCAGUGCUGCACAGCCAGGUAAAGUACAGAGAGGAGUAUGAGAAGAACAAAGGUCGCUCUCUGAUGGAGUUUGGAGACACUCAGACCUACAAGGUGUCCAAGGAAGCACAGAAGAUGCAAAGCGAGAAGGAAUAUCGGAAGGACUAUGAGGAGCAGAUGAAGGGCAAAGCCUUGGUGGACGUCGACCAGACGCCUGGAUACCUGACAGCGCGCCAUGCUAGCAGCCUGCUGAGCGAGAAAGAGUACAAGAGGGACCUGGAGCAGGAGGUGAAGGGGCGGGGCUUAUCUGGUGUUGGUCUUGAAGAGACACCUGAGCUGCUGAGGGUUAGAAAAGCCAAUCAGAUACUGAACCAGAAGGAGUACCGCAGAGAUUUGGAGAGGGAGAUUGUGGGGAAAGGCAUGGAGCUGAGUGCUGAUGUGCUGGAGAUGCAAAGAGCCAAGAGAGCCUCACAGAUCCAGAGCCAGAAGUCGUACAAGCAGACGGAGCAGCUCAGAGAACAUUCAUACGGGACGGUUACAGACACUCCUGAGCUGCUGCACGCCUCCUACCUCAAAGACGUCUACAGCCAGAAGAAGUAUAAAGACGAGGCGGAGCGACUGAAGGGACGCUACAGUCUGGUUUCUGAAACCCCCGAGAUGGAGAGGGUCAAAGCCAACCAGAGACACAUCAGCUCUCUGCGAUACUGCUGGGACUCAAAGCUGAUGAGAAACCUGACGUCAUCGGUCACAGAGACGCCGGAGAUCGUCCUCGCCAGAGAGAACGCCAAGAAGAUCAGCGACGUCCAGUACAGGGAGGAGGUGGGUUGUGGCACCGCAGUCAUGGACACACCUGAGAUGGAGCGAGUCCGACGUAACCAGGAGAACAUCAGCUCAGUCAAAUACAAGCAGAGCGCAGUGAAGGCCACCAGCGUCGGAGUGACUCCAGAGCUGGAGCGAGUCAAGCAAAACCAGGAGAACAUCAGCUCGGUGAAGUACCAGCGCGGGCUGCAGGAAGUGAGGGGGCGGAGCUGCAAUGAGCUGGACACACCUGAGUACAGACGUGUCAGGAAGACACAGGAUUCGGUCUCCAUGGCAAAGUACCACGAGGACUUUGAGCGGGCGCGCGGCCGAGGGUUCACGCCGGGGUUGGAUGAUCCCAGCAUGGAGCGCUACCAGAGAGCCAAUCAGAUGAUGGGAGAGGCGGGCUACAACAAAGGCAUGCACCACCAGGUGACAGAGAUGGACAGACGACCAGGAGGCAUCAUCGUAGACCUGAAGGUGUGGAGGGCAGACCCAGGCUCCAUCUUUGACUUUGACCCUCUUGAGGACAACUUUCAGUCCAAAAGCCUGCGCAGGAUGUCUGAGCGAGCUGACCGCAGGCUGAGCAGGCAGCACUCCCAGCAGUCUCUCACCCACAGCCAGGCUCAGUCUGUCAGCUCGCUGACCUCUGACCUCUGGGACCGCAGCAGCGCUGAAACUCCGGCUCCUGUGCUCCCUGGAGCAUACCAUCAGGGCGUCCAGAUGCAGCAGCAGCAGCAGUAUCACGGCUACAUGCAUCAGACCAGCAUGUCAUCUGUCAGAUCUGUCACCUCUCCUCCACACUCAGGCACCAUGCGUGUUUACCGGGCGCUGUAUGACUACGCGGCUCAAGACCACGAUGAGGUGUCAUUCAGGGACGGCGAUGUCAUCAUCAACGCUCAGCCCAUCGACGAGGGCUGGAUGUACGGCACCGUGCAGAGAACCGGCAAGUCGGGCAUGCUGCCGGCAAACUACGUGGAGUGUUGCAACUAAAGCGGAGAGGAAGACGAGUUUGUGAGAGACAGCGGAGGAAAUGAAGUGAGACGGGGCUGAAGUUCACAGUUACAUCCACCUUCAGCGUUAUAAAAGCCGAGCUGGUGAUGUUCUUUGCAUUUCAGGGCUCAUUUAUAUUUUCAGUGUUAUGGGAAACGGGAAAGACAGGUGAUAGAUUGUUAAGCUGUUCUGGUCCAUUUUAAAAACAGGAAAUUAUGUUUAAAAUAAUAAUAAUAAUAAUAAUAAUACAUUUUAUUUAAAAAUAGCACCUUUCAAAGCACCCAAGGACACUGUACAACGAAUAAAAACACAAAAACUGGAAAUGUACACAGUAAUAAGAAUAACAGAUAAAAGUUAAGAGCAUACAGAGGUUUAAACAUAAGCAAUUUUAAACAGAUGAGUUUUGAGGGUGGACUUAAAAAGAGGGAAUGAACUAAUAUUUCUGAGGUCAGGGGGUAAGGAAUUCCAAAGUCGAGGGGCAGAGCAACUAAAAGCCCCGCCCCCCAUUGUAAUCAGACGAGCGGAAGGAACAGAGAGAGAAAGAGAAGAUGAAGAUCUGAGGCACCGGGAUGGGAGGUUCAUCUGUACUAAAAAAGUAAGUUUAAUGGGUUUUAAUUAGAUGUGAUGGAUAACAAAGCUGCAGCUUCUUUCAGAAUAAACACAUCUGCUCAACAGCCAAUCAAAGAGCAGUUUCUACACUUAAAGGUGAAGGAAACGGACCAGGAUGCAGUGCAGCAGAGCAGGGUGGGCUAUGAUUAAAGAGGGCUGCUUGGGGAAGGCCUUUCCUGUAUCUGAUGGACACAAAACUCCACUGAUCAGAUCCGUCUAUCAGGUCCAUCGCUUAUUGGAAAAUACAUCUAUUUCAGCUCCAUUCAGGCCUUUUCUACAGUAUCUCCAAAAUUAUUCUUCUUGUUAUGUAAAAUUAGUAUUUAUGUAAAAAAAAAAGAAAGAAGAAAUUUACAAAAAAUCUACACAAAAUAUUAUGAAGCACUGUCCAGAAAUAUGUGCAAAGUCAUGGAAACCAAUUUCACUUUUUUUGACUGGCACAGCUCUUAAAUAAUUACAUGGAACUCAAAUCUGUAAACUCCUGGAGUUUCAUCCAUGUCAGUCCAAAAGCAGCUGCAGAAUCAGCAUCAGUAGUAACCUCGAGGCUCUGGUCACGUCUCAAAGUUACUGUAUGUGGUUUGAAACAGAGUGAAAGUGCGCAGGAGGAAGGUUUAGGAUCUGAGCUGGAAAUGAACCACAAGCAGCUUCAUGGUUCUUCUUUAGGUGGCACUGAAAUAUAUAUUUUUUAAUUUAGGCAUUAAAAGAAUCUAUUGGGCAGAACUGUCUGGUGUAAAAAAAUUAAUAGAUAGAAGAUAGAUAAACCUUUGUAAUUUCACACUAAGCGCUGCAAUGCACUGAACAUCAUGAGCUGGUGAUAUCAGUUAAUAAUUGACCUGACGGGGAAUUUUCUUUUGAUGAGCGGUGGAUAAAGAGAAAAAAGCAGAUGGAGGGAUAAAUCUAGCAUGCUGUCAUGUUUUAUGAGAAUAUAGAAGAGGAGCAAACGACAGAAGGAUGCAUGAAGAAAAGCGGUGAGAGAGACUAGAAACAACUAAAGUGUAACUUUUUAAUCACCUGUGACAAACUAAACGAGGAAAUGAAGAAGGAAUGAGCAGUAUUAAUCUAAUUUAUAAUAAAACAGGAAUUCAGACAAGACUCCUAAACUGCAGCUCUGGGUGUGGUCUGUGUUUUUAAUACUGCCAACAACGCCCAGGAAAAGACCACAAAACCUCGUUUCAGCUCCACAUGUCGAUUAAUCCACAACAAAUUCGCUGUAAUCUCACUACAUCCACAUAAAAGACUCAUAAAUGUUUCAUACUUCAAAUGAACGUGUGAUAAGCCGAAUCAAAGUCCUUGUUCAUUGUUGAAAACUGCUAAUUAGACUCAUAAACUCAUGAUAUAAGUCACUGCUUGGCAAAUUAUCCUAACAGGCACUGCAGUCAGCUCACAUCGACACACUGCAGAUGAGAGGCUCCUUAAACAUAAAGGCAACCAAAUCUGAGAAAAGUUCUUACUCGGGUCAUUUUUUAAAUAUUCAGAUUACAUUUGUGCCUUUUACCUACUAUGAAAUGUUUCAGUUAUACACUUUGCAUUUUUAAUUUGCAUUUUUUUCCAAAAUGUUUUAAGUUUAAAAGACCCAAAGUAACAGAACAAACCUAUUCCACCCUCACAAGACAAAAUCCCAGAUGAACAAAAACAGAUCAAUAAAAAAGUCCAGCAGGAAAUAACAAAACCAACAAUUGCUGCUCCAUCGGCAGGUUUCCCCACCCUCAACCAAAUUUCCUCUCAUCAAACGCGGUGUCCCUGUGCUCUGAUCAAACUCACUCACUACAGAGUGGAUCUGAUGGAUUUCCUAUUCUUAUUAAAUUCGUGUUCAGAUGUGAGAAAGACAGUUUUAGUCUUUAUUCUUUAAAAUAAAAGGAAAAUGCUGCCUAUAGCUUCCCCCUUAUUCAGAAGGGUCCCCACAGCAGGCAGCGGGUUUGGUUUGGAGGGUUUUCCUGGUUUUGUGUCUCUGGCUGGAGUUGAACUGGGGAUCUUUUUAACUGCUUCACUCUGGCACCACCAGAAUAAAGAAUACAAAUGAAAACUGAAUUCAAAUGUUGGCAUAAUGCAAAUUUGAUAUGAUGUCAACAAGUACAAAGAGUUGUCCUGUUUUAAGGCCAUUAUUAAGAUGCAUAAAAGAAUAAGUGCUGUAAGACCUCUUACAGUCCGCAGGUGCUCAUCAGGGAGAGACACCCAUAAAACAGACCCCCUACUAUCUGUGCACUGAGGUCUGAGGGACCUCCCAGGAAUGCUGACACUAUUUUCCACAUUCCAGAUAUCUCUUGAUCUCUAAUGUAGAACAUGACCUGCUCCAGAGCAGGUCUGUGGUUCUGAAAAGCCAGGAUUAAACCAAAGUUACCUGGACGAGCCCAAAUACUGCUCUGUCAGCCAUCGAUGCCACUGAUGAAACAAAUAUGGUCACAUGCUGACACGUUUAUGUGAUCUGAAGGGAAUCCAGAAAGCACAGAGAGAUGAACUGAGACACUGAUGGUUUUUGGUCUUUUUAUGGGUUUUGUUGGCAUUAAGAAAACGACAGAUUGUCAGCAGACUUUUAUUUGAAAGGAUGCAGAAAAAGAAGAAGAGGAGCAGGGAAUGAAAAUAAUUAGAUCUGUCUUCUCUCUAGACGUGAGCCCGAGAAUGAAAAGGAAAGAAUGAAAAGUCAGAAAAUACUUUUUUCUUAGCAGUGAUGCAACCAAAAGGAAGGAGUGAGGGCAGGCGAAUAGGAACAAGGUUUAGAAACCUCUCGAGUUUGAGCAUUUAUUUAUCCCGGGUUUAAUUCAUGUUCAGGUGAGUGUGGUUUGGUUUUUGACUUCUGAUGUACAGUAACCUGUCGACAAACCACAGACAGAUCAUCGGUUUAAACAGCAGCAGUAACCUCUGUGUUUGUAAAGGACUUAACUAACACACUGUGUCUUUCUGUUUCUCGUGUCAUGCUGUCUGAAUAUUUUAAGCGUCAUCUCUGCACACAGUAAAAGUUUAUAUUUACUGAAAUCUGAAGAGACUGUUUAAGUACGUCGGACUGGAGAUUUCUGGACGUUGCAGACUAUUUUGAUACACGGGCUCCUGUCCACGUUUGGGAAGGUUAUAUUUUACUCUUGUGUGUAUCCAGUAAGUCGUGUUUUUGGGGUUUCUUGUCUUGCUGUGUGGAUUGCAUCCCGGUCAUGUACUGAAUAAAUCUUCACUCAGCCAUGAUUUGUCAUUCUAGCUGGAAACCACUUUUGCAUUUUGUAUGUUUUAUUUCAUAAAAAUAGAUGCAAUA